UAAAAUUCCUUUAUGUUGAAUGGUUAUUUGAGUGGAUUAUCAAAUGCUUUUCUGGGUCAACCUGUUAAUCCAAGAGUUACAAUAAAAACAAGUUAGUACAGGUCAAGGCUGUUGAGAGAGCUACUCAGCAGGUAGAGAUUUCUCCUUUAACUCCUUAAUGAGCUUGUGUAUGUGUUUUGUGGGCUUUCAAAACUAAGUGUAUAUAAGGUAUAUGUGCAGGUGAGAGAUGCAUCUCCUCUAAACCCAUAGCCUGUCAAUGCAGAAAGCCAUAGGGUAUGAAUCUUCUUGCAUUUGCACCUUCAGCCCUGCACCAGAUGGGUCGGGUUGUUGGUUUGCAGGCUCCUUUACAGUCUGGCACGUCCAGCACUUGGAUUGAGCUGUCAGAGUUGGGCUGGGGAUGUUUGCAAAAUCAGACAGUGGUUUUGCAUAGAAGUUUGCUGACAGUCUUAAGUCGACACAUGGCGCAGGAAAACGCAGGUUGGAGAUACCAAAGCAAACCAGAAAGUUAUCACUUGAGCAGUCUGCUUUUUGCUGUCCUUGCUUAGUUUCUUCCUGUUAAUUGGUCCACGUUCUUUACAGCCUGACUCUAGAUUUUGUAACUGUGGCUGACUUUGGCUGUAGUUGCUUUCUCAAUGUGCUCGUUUCUUCCGAGUGCCCGGUUUAUGAGAUGCCAGUUGACUGGGACCCAAAGACCUAGAAGAUCCUGGCAAGCUUCACAGCAAAAAAGGAUUUGCUUCACAGCAAAAAAGGAGCUGGCUAGAGAUAGUGGAGCAAUUACUUGCUCCAGGUGGUUUGGGAGAGGAAAGCAUUAUUGAUCCUGAACCUUCUUUCAGUCUCACUCUCAGCAGGGAACUACUGGAGCAUUGGCUGUUUCUCUGUGGCUGUACCGUGUUGCAUGUGGUGUAAUCAGCUUUGGUAGGAGAACACUUGCUGUUGGGUGCUGUGGUGGUGGUCUUGCAAAAUUCAGUAUCUCUAACAGUAAAUGGUCUAAACUAAGACUAUUGCUAGUCUUUCACCAGAGUUCAGUGUGCUAAAGGGAGCCCGUCUUUCCCCUGGGGACUGAAAAGUUCAAGCUUCAGCCAAAUAUCAGUUAAGUGUCUCUGAAUUUAGCCCCUACUUAAAACUUGCAGGGGUUUUUGUUUUCUGUAGAAGAGCCUGAAGCUCUCAGAUGUUUAAAGUGUUUAUGGCAGUCCUAAAACAAAGUAGCCAGAUGUCAGUGGAGAAACCUAUAUGGCCAAUAAAAAUUCAAAUUUGAUGGGAUGUGAUUUUAAACCCUUAAUAAUAAUAAAAAAAAAAGUUUGCACUUUAUACGGAAUUUUAGUGGAAACAUGGGAGUGUAGAGUCUAAUCCUUUAAAAAAAAAAUAAAAUUAAAAAUUACUCCAAAGGAGAUCUAACUGACAGAUAGAUUCCAGAUGCUCAUCUGUCCUGACAGACUCUUUGCAUUUAAAACACAUAAAAGUGAGGUAACAAAAAUAAAAGGAAGGAUUUGGGAUCCAUAUAUGUGUGUUGGGAAUAUAAAUGUAGGACAGGUACAAAGCACCAAUAAUGUAAUUUUAAUAGGAAUCAUAUAUUGUAAAGAGAUAGGUAUUUCACUUAUUUUUCUGCCUCCUCUUUGAGGAUUACAGCUUAUUUUUUGUGUGUCCUGGAAUAACUCAUCAAGGCUGAUGGGAAAGGCUUAGAAUGCAUAAUUUAACAAAAUCAGGUGCUUAUAAAUACAACACAUGAAAUAGAAGGCAGAGUACAUUUUAAAUACCUCGGUAUUAGAUGGAAAAAAUAAAAUAUGUGAAACUUGAUAGAGCUAAGUAUAUUUGUUGGAAGACCAUACAGUAUGAUACAAGACCUCUUAUUUUUGUUUUUUAUUUUAAGGUAGAAGGGAAACAUCAGUAGAGUGGCCUGCUCUUCAUUACUGGAAGCAAGAGGUUAAUUUUGGGACUGUGCUCAUGAAUUGUGAAGACACAGUGCACUGAAUAGAGUUGCCCUGGGUCCUCGAUCUAACCCAUGAGACACUAUUUGGAGGGUUCUGCUUUAUUUAUUACUGCUAAAGUAUUUUCAAUUAGCUGACGUCUUAAAUGCUAACUUUGCCUGGCAGAUAAUGAAAUUCUUGUUUCUUUUCUAAGGAAGCUGAGGUGGAAGAAGGCAAUCGUGAGACAUCACAGGAAUUUGUACUGCCUGUCUCUACAAUUACUAACAAAAGCCUAUUUCCAAAACCUGUAGGGAUUUUGUUAAGAAAAGACAGCAAGAUGAUAGUGGUCCAGCGUGCAACAUAACCGCAGCAUUAACAGCGGGAGCAAUCUUGCCCGCAUUGCGAUUUAUAUAUUCCCACCCAGCCGUGGAAACCGGACGGGCCUUUGUUGGGGAGUUUUCUUAAGCCAAGCAGUGCCAGCCUCCCUUGAAAAGUUUUUUUUCUUCAACAAAGGGAAUAGGGAGGACUGUAAAGAGAACUGAAAAUGAGAUGGACUCACCAUGAAAGACCUGAAGCUCUUGGUAUCCACAUCAUGGACGAGCUGCAGAUGAACACAGCACAUGCCUCAGAGGAUGGACACGAACGUGGACUGGGACUCUGAGAAUAACAUUUGUGACACAGGUGAGAAGCACUCAAAUUAUUCCAGAAAGACUACUAAGGUGGGCCACACAGCUAGCCUCCAGAAGGAGGUAGAUAUGAAUUACUCGCAGACAUGCAGUCCUCGUUGCAACUCUGCUGGACCUUCAGGUAAGCAGGAGCUUCCUGCAGAGUUGCGGUGUGAAGACAAAGAAACCUAUGAGACCUACUACCAGAAACGAGGUGAGAGUACAGCUGGGGUAUUUGUUCCCUCCAGUACCAGCUUUGACCUGCAGUGUCAAGAUAAAGAUUUAGAGCACUGUUCCUCUGAGCAGUCCAAGAAACCACGGCGACGACUACGUGAUGAUAAUGAAAACACUGUUCUUGCUGAUGUGUUUGAUGAGGAGCCGGAGCGUGUCUCUGAGGAAGCUUUGCCAUAUCGAUGCAAGAAGUGUGGUUCCUCUUUCCAUGGUAUGAGUGAGCUGCAGGAACAUAAGCGAACUCACCUUGUGGAAAACUCAUACCGAUGUCCUGUCUGUGCCAAAGAGUUCUUCCGCGCGGCAAAUUUGCGGAUGCACAAGCUCAUUCAUUCUAGUGACAGGCCACACAAAUGUCCAGAGUGUGACAAGGGUUUCAUUCGCACAGCUGAUGUCUGGAGGCACCUACGCAAUGUGCACAAGAUCGAGCGCUCCAUGGUGAUCUUGGGAAACGGCAUGGCUAGGAACCCGUGGUCGAUACUGCACCGUGACCAGCACACUGUUGAGUAUACUGAUCAGCCUUGUGCCGAAAACCAAAAGGCUGAGGAAGAUGACUGUAAACCUUAUGCCUGUCCAACGUGCGGCAAAAGUUUUGAUAAGCCUAACCUGCUUUCCAAACACAAGGUGAUCCACCGACAAGACAAGCCCUAUAAGUGUCAGGAAUGUGGCAUGGCGUUUGUCCAGCUGCUCAGGCUGAAAAGACACCAGCAGACUCACUCUGGGGAGCGCCCCUUCUAUUGCGAGGAGUGUGGAGGGACGUUCACCCGGCUGGCAUCGCUCCAGCGGCAUCACCGCAUCCAUACGGGAGAGAAGCCCUACUCUUGCAGUUACUGUGGUCAUUCCUUCACUGAGUCAGGUACCCUACGGAGGCAUGAGCGUACACACAAAUUGGACAAAUCUUAAUUCUUAAGCUCACUUGUGAUUGUGGUCUCCUGGUGUAGAGUCUUACCUGAAUGAGGCCUGCUCAGUUGGGCUGGAGAAAGCACUCAACUGCAUGCGCUCUGGCCAGUCCAGACCCACUUCCCAGCGGUGGCUGAUAGGGAACACUACAUCAUGGCAAUCUUUGGAACCUCUACUUGUACAGAUUGCACUAACUGGCUUUGUAUGAAAAAAUAACCUAAUUACCACUGAGUAAUGAAAUGUGAGACUUGUGAAGACUGAAGUCAUUCACGUGUGGUAGCACUGUCCCAAUUCGCUGAACUGAUGAUGCAUCAGCUUGAGCUUUUUGCAAGGGUACGUGGGGUGUGAGACUUCUCUCUGUAGCCUUGGUCACUGAAUAAAUUGGCCUUGCCCUC